UGUUUUGGUGACGGCGGAAGGAGCUGUCGUCUCGCUCGAGAAGGACGAUUUCUCAGCGAAAGCGACGCCAAUUUCAACGACAAAUGUAACUCUCCCACACAAAUACAAGAUGGGAACCCCGCUGAGACGCUUUGUGGGCUCUAAAACGCCCCUGGUGCUGUGGUCCUGGGCGCUGCUGGCCGGCGGCGGCCGCGGCGACAGCAGCAGCCUGGACAACACGGAGAGGAUGGCGGAGGAGAGUCACCGGCAGGACAGCGCCAACCUGCUCAUCUUCAUCACGCUGCUCACGCUCACCAUCCUCACCAUCUGGCUGUUCAAGCACCGCCGGGUCCGCUUCCUGCACGAGACGGGGCUGGCCAUGAUUUACGGCCUAUUAGUGGGUGUCAUUCUGCGGUUUGGCAUCCAUGUUCCCCAAACCAUGAGCAAUGUCACGCUCAGCUGCGCUGUCAAUGCCAGUCCAGCCACGCUGCUGCUCAACGUCAGCGGGCGGUUUUACGAGUACACCCUGAAGGGAGAGGUCAACCGAGGCAGAGGCCAUCAAGUCCAAGACGAUGAAAUGCUGCGGAAGGUGACCUUUGAUCCAGAGGUGUUUUUCAACAUUUUGCUGCCUCCCAUAAUCUUCCAUGCAGGUUACAGUCUGAAAAGGAGGCAUUUUUUCAGAAACAUUGGCUCCAUCUUGGCCUAUGCAUUCGUGGGAACAGUUGUAUCCUGCUUUGUCAUUGGGCUCAUCAUGUAUGGUUUUGUGUCAUUCAUGAAAGUCGUGGGUCAGCUAGGUGAUGAUUUUUACUUUACUGACUGCCUCUUCUUUGGUGCCAUCAUCUCAGCAACAGAUCCAGUGACAAUGCUGGCUAUCUUCAACGAGUUAAAAGUAGAUGUUGACCUGUAUGCAUUAUUGUUUGGGGAGAGCGUUCUCAAUGAUGCUGUGGCCAUCGUCCUUUCCUCAGUUCUGCUCCGCUUGGAGAAGCAGGGUAGGAGGGUUGGAGCUGUCCCACCAGCAGGGGUGGACAGCCCACUCAGGCCUGACGGGCCUGAGGAAUGGGUGGGAGAAAACCACACGGUUAAUCCUCGCUCCAUAGUGGCAUAUCAGCCUGCAGGUGACAACAGCCACAGCUUCGAGGCCAUGGCCAUGCUGAAAUCCUUCGGCAUCUUCCUGGGUGUCUUCAGUGGAUCUUUUGCUCUUGGAGUGGCAACUGGAGUCAUGACUGCUUUCCUGACCAAGUUUACUAAGCUGAGGGACUUUCCUUUGCUAGAGACGGCUCUGUUUUUCUUAAUGUCGUGGAGCACCUUCCUGUUAGCCGAGGCCUGCGGCUUCACAGGAGUGGUGGCGGUGCUGUUCUGUGGCAUCACUCAAGCUCACUACACCUACAACAACCUCUCCCCUGAGUCUCAAGAAAGGACCAAACAGCUGUUCGAGCUGCUGAACUUCCUGGCAGAAAACUUCAUCUUCUCCUACAUGGGUCUGACCCUCUUCUCCUUCCAGUCGCAUGUUUUCAACCCGUUGUUCAUCAUUGGAGCUUUUGUGGCAGUGUUUCUGGGCAGAGCUGCAAACAUCUACCCUUUGUCCUUCCUCCUCAACCUGGGCCGCAAAAACAAGAUCAGAUCCAACUUUCAGCACGUUAUGAUGUUUGCAGGUCUGCGUGGGGCCAUAGCGUUUGCUCUUUCCAUCAGAGACACAGCAACGUACGCCCGUCAGAUGAUGUUCUCCACCACCCUCCUGAUAGUUUUCUUCACCGUCUCGGUGUGUGGAGGGGGGACGAUGCCCAUGCUGUCCUUCAUGCACAUCCCGGUGGGCGUGGACUCUGAUCAGGAACACUCUAGCUCGGCCGUGCAGGACGGCUCGGUGCCGCGGAGCAACAAACACGAGAGUGCCUGGCCCUUCCGGAUGUGGUACAUCUUCGACCACAAUUAUCUGAAGCCCCUGCUGACCCACAGUGGCCCCCCCCUCACAGCCACCCUGCCGGCUUGUUGUGGCCCGCUGGCCCGAUGCCUCACCAGCCCACAGGCCUACGAGAAUGAAGGGCCGCUCCACGACGACGACUCGGACUUCACCAUGAACGACGCCAACGUGAGCUCCAUGUACUCCGACGUCACCGUCAGCACGGACGCGUCGGGGUCUCGCACCGUCAACCCCAAACGCUCGUCCAUGGGCCUGUUCAACGAGGGCCUGGACCCCGACCUGGGCCUGGCGGAGCACGACGUCCCGAUCCGCGGCACGCGCCUCGUCCUGCCCAUGGACGACCCGGCGGAGCCGCCGACCACCGUCACGCUGCCGCCGCCGCCCUCCCCGCCGCGCUCCGACCCCCGCAGGCACAGACUGUGAGACCGGGAGAAGGUUCACCUUCCUGGUCGUGGUUUGUUGUUUUAGCCUCAAAAAAACAAAAAAAAAAAUCACAAAAUGAUCAACAGUGAUUUCACAGGAAAAAUGAAUCGGCUAAAUUUUUCUCCAAAUGAAACCGCUGUCAUGGCGACGGGGCCAACUUUGCUCUCAUGUUACUCGUAAGAAUCGCCGCUGUUUAAGAGCUUUUACACUACAUUUGGCAAACUAAUCUCACUGUUGCAGGAACUGUGAUUUGAGCUGAAUCCAUCCGUUUGCCUUCCUUUCUAAGUUCUCUGGUGGAAAGCGUUUAAAGGGUUAAGGUUGUGAUGAGCACAUGAACAAAGGGAAACACAUCUGGGACUGAAGCGGUACAAAUACUGGUACAAAUACUGGUACAAAUACUGGUACAAAUACUGGGCAGCACUGGAGCCCCGACUGGUCCACAGUUCUGCACGGCCCGCUUUAUCUUAACUACUGAUUUAUUUAUUUAACAAAAAUGUUGCUUCUGUCAUGAUUUGUUUUAUUAUUUAUUUAUUGUGUUGUCGUGUGGAACGCUGCUUUUACAUCCCAUUCCCCCCAUACGGUACGACCUCACGGCGGAGGGGAUAUUCUAACUGUAGCAGACGUUUACUGGGACAUCAGUUCCCCUGGUCCCGUUUUUCUCUUCCCCGUCGUAUUCGUUCGCUUCGGCCGAUACGGCCAAACUUGAUAUCUGUAUUAGGGCUAAUGUUUGUUUCUGGGUUUUUUCUGCCACCACAUGGUUGCAAUUUCUGCAAAAACAAACAGGAGUAACUCCUCUGUUUUUUUUUGUGAUGUUUUUGUCCUGAGAGAUAAACGGGCUGGCUGAACUGUUUUGAACACAAGUGCCUGUUCAGACGCUCGUUAACUAAUGCAGAUUUGUACAUGGUUUGAUUUGCUGAUGUUCUUUAUGGGGAUCUUUUUGUUUUUAUAUGCUGUUACUAUUUAAUUGAUGUCCAGUCCCCCCAGUAUAAUCACCUGUAGCUUUCCUGUUAGAGCAUUAAAUGGUGGAAAUCCUACAAGAAUAGAAAACCAAAACAUGCUUACGUUAAUAAUCAACAAAACAACUUUUUUUUAAGGUAUAAUUUUUUCUUAGUAUUAAGCAAAAUUAAUUAUUUAAAAAGAAAAAAUGCAGCAAUUUGAAAUACUUGGGAGCUAAAUUUGAAUCUGUUAGCGAGCAGGUACUAGUGCGUAGGAGGAUGUCUGACUUUUUACUGAGGGUAUUUUGCACUAUUUUAUUUGUUUUAACAGAGCAUGGUGGUUCUGCUCUGAAACGUCUCAGAAACAACGAGACCCUUCACCUCUUUUUUUAGCUGACCUGUUUAGUACUGUAUGGGUGAUUUAUGUAUUUAAUGGAAGUCAAUUCCUUCUCUAAAUUAUAAUAUAAAAAUGUUAUUUUGUCAAGCUGCGCAUGUUCCUUUAAUCAACAAGCAGUAUUUCCGCUUGAUGUAUGAGACUGUGCGUAUUCUCCCGGAGAUCUCUACCUUCUGCUCUUCAGUCCUUGAACCUUAAAAUACUUUCAUCUAGGUUAGGCUUUUGAAGGAAAAAAAAGAAGCAUAUAUAACUACAUCUAAAAUGUGAAAAUGUUUAAUGUUUCUGCGUUUGUGGAAACUAUUUGUGAGAAACGCACCUGCAUAGGUUAUAGAUGAAUGUCUUUAAAAUAUGGGAUUCUGGAAAACGACUCGUCUGGAGUUUACGAGCUUUGUGUCGCCUUGUUGACAUUUUGUAUGUGUACUAAGAAGAUACAUUAAAAACAUCUUUUCAAA